UAAAAUCGUAUCUCACUGUGGUUCUGAUGCACAUUUUCCUAGCGACCAUCAGGGACUUUGUGGGAACAUGAGAGCACAGACCAGGCCCCAGUGGGCAGACGUGUGGUGCAGAGCCAGGCUGGCUGGUGGAGAUAAGUGAGACUCCUUAGAGCUUGUGUGCAAGUCACUGUACUGAGGAGCCGGCUAUGGCUCGAUGAGUCUCAAUUAGGAAAGGCCGGGGCUGGUGAAGGAAGGGAGGAGGGCAUUCUUUGUCCUCACCACAUCCUGAGCCUGUGCCCCUGACUCCACCACUUCCCUCCCUGGCCACAGAGCUCAGGACAGGGCCGAGGAACCAUGUCUGCAUUCCUGACUGCCCUCUUCUGUCUUGGGCUGUGUCUGGGGCAUGUGCAAGCACAGAGUGGACCACUCCCCAAGCCCUCCCUGCAGGCUGUGCCCAGCUCCCUGGUGCCCCUGGAGAGGCCAGUGACCCUCCGGUGCCAGGGACCUCCGGGUGUGGACCUGUACCGCCUGGAGAAGCUGAGUUCCAACAACUACCGGGAUCAGGCGGUCCUCCUCAUCCCAGCCAUGAAGCAAAGUGCCGCUGGACGCUACCGCUGCUCCUACCAGAACGGAAGCCUCUGGUCCCCGCCCAGCGACCAGUUGGAGCUCGUUGCCACCGGAGUUUUUCCCAAGCCCUCGCUCUCAGCCCAGCCUGGCCCAGCGGUGUCCCCAGGAGGGGAUGUGACCCUACAGUGUCAGACCGAAUAUGGCUUUGACCAAUUUGCUCUGUACAAGGAGGGAGACCCUGGACCCUACAAGAAUCCUGAGAGAUGGUACCGGGCUAGCUUCCCCAUCACCACGGUGACCGCCGCCCACAGCGGGACCUACCGGUGCUACAGCUUCUCCAGAAGGGCCCCAUACCUGUGGUCGGCCCCCAGUGAUCCCCUGGAGCUUGUGGUCACAGGAACCUCUGUGACCCCCAGCCAGUUAUCAAAAGAACCACCUUCCUCUGCCAAAGCAUUCCCAGAGGCCACCAGUAAACUGAUCAUCUCACUCACAAACAAAGUCUUCACAACUGAGACUUCUAGGAGUAUCACCGCCAGUCCAAAGGAGUCAGGCUCUCCAGCUGGUCCCUCCCGCCAGUACUACACCAAGGGCAACCUGGUCCGGAUAUGCCUCGGAGCUGUGAUCCUAAUACUCCUGGCGGGGUUUCUGGCAGAGGACUGGCACAGCCGGAGGAAGCGCCCGCGGCACAGGGUCAGGGCUGUGCAGAGGCCGCUCCCACCCCUCCCACAGCCCCAGAAAUCACACGGGAGUCAGGAUGGAGGUCGACCAGAUGUUCACAGCUAUGGGUUCUGUUCAUGACCAGUGAACCCCAGGCAUGGAUCAUGGCAUGGGACACAACUCAAACACUGUGGCGUACGUGAAGCGUGGGAUCAGGAGGGCGGAGGCUACAGCUUGGAAAGGAGGCCAUGCUGCCUCCUCCUGGUGUUCCAUCCAGGAGCCGUUCAGCUAGUGUCUAUCUGGCUCUCUGUCCAAGGAUGCCCUCCAUUUGGGAUGGAAGGAAUCCAUGGAGACCUCAGCCUCCUCCCUGCACACUGUGGAUCACAUGGUACCCUGGCUGGACCAUAUACUGGCCUCUUUCUUCAACCUUCUGUAAUAUGGGCUCCAGAUGACUCUCUAACGUUCCCAGCUCUCAUGGUUGACUCUGUUCCAUCCUCUGUGCAGAACCCUCCCAUGCUUCCCCUUGGCCCUCUGUGCUCGUCUGGUUUUCCCCAGAAACCUUCAUCCUAACUCCAUCUUCCACUGCAGUCUAACAUAUCUCCUUUCAUUUCUCAGAACGGGCCUUGCGGGCAGUUUGGGUACGUUAUUCAUUUUCCUUAGUCUAAAACUAGCAUGUCGAUUGCUUUCCUUCACUUUGGAAAACAAGAUCAGCCUGUGCAACAUGGUGAAACCCCAUUUCUACCAAAACAA